UUUCAAGUCAAAAUACUUCCCCCCUUCUUUCAUUCCUUCCACCCUCCCCAGCCUCUCUCUCUCUCUGUCUCUCUCACACAGUAUUAAUAAUCCUCACAGUCCAACCGUUCCCCCACCAUCUCAUUAAAGACAACCGGAAAGACCUCAACCCCAAGCACACGAUCGGAGUCAAUCCAAUAAUGGAGAUGGAAGUGGUGGUGCCACUUCCUCCCGCGGACUUCAACUUCGACAGCGGUUGCUCCUCUCCAUAUAUGACAGCUCCCUCCAGCCCUCAACGGUUCGGUAACUUCUUCUUCAGUCCCCCCACCAGUCCUUCCCGCGCCUCCGCCUUUUACGGCGACCUCAAUAACCUCUCUCUCCAAGACAUGAUCGCCCGAAACUCGGCCUCGUCAGUCCCCCUCAACUCGGAAGAAAGGCCCGGAAUUCUCAAAUCCAAAGCUACCGACAAUGGCGAAAUCAAUAACGGCAACGAUGGUGGUGAAGAUUUUGAGUUCAAUUUUAGUGGCCAGUUAGAGCGAACUUCUUUGUCGGCGGACGAGCUCUUUGAUGGCGGUAAGAUUAAGCCUCUAAAGCCACUGCCGGUUCGAUUACAAGUCGGCACCAAAGUUUUAUCUCCAAGGUCUCCAAGAUCAAGAAUUUCACAGGCAAAGAGGAUUGUCCAAGAAGCACAAUCGCAGAGUGAACAGAACCAUUUUGAUCCAUUCGCUGCGACGACAGAGGAACCCCGAAAAAAAGGAGAGCCUAACCAGCGACAGGGAGGGGAACAUGAACAAAAACGAGGGAGAGAGAGAUUCUCUGGAAGGUCAUCUUCAUCAAGUUCUUUACAUAGAGGAACAAGAUCUCUGUCUCCUCUGAGAUUCUCCGACGACACUGUUUUAGAAGGCGACGAGAACUCACCGGAAAAAAUCUUUUCUUCAACAGAAAGCAACCCUAAAUCUUCUACUUCCUCUCCUUCAUCAGCACAUUAUUCAUUUUUGUCAUCCUUUUCCUUCUCCAAAGGUUACAGAAAAUGGAGGCUGAAAGAUUUUCUGUUGUUUCGGAGCGCGUCGGAGGGUCGGGCAGCGGGGAAAGCUCCAUUAUUAAAAAAGUACGAGGCUCUGUCCAGAACCAAGCUGACUGAAGACGUAAAAAACUUGAGCUUCCGGUCAACGGACAGUGCUGGAUCGGUGUCAAGCUCGAGGAGAAGAGGACGGCUUUCUGCCCACGAGUUGCAUUACACGGUGAACCGGGCGGUUUCAGAGGAGAUGAGGAAGAAGACAUUCUUGCCUUACAAGCAGGGGCUGCUGGGGUGCUUGGGGUUCAACCCUGGCGUGCAUGAGUUCAACAGGGGUUUUGGAUGUUAGAAGUUGAUGAUGAUCCAGAUCUCUCUUCUGGGUCCCUCGUUCAAUAAUAUAUAUAUAUAUAUAUUCUUGUUGUAUGAGUAGCUUCUUAUAUUUGUUCUUUGUUUCGCGUGUCUAUUAUACUGAAAUCGUAUCGAAAUUGCUUGUUUCGAUUAUAAAACGACUUACAACAGAUUACAGAGAUCUA